AUGCCUGUAUUUAGCCCCCCCCCCCAUCCCCGAAAUGAAAAAGGCUUGUCGAGGAGGCACCUUGAUCGCCUUGGUGUCGACCAGACUGCAACGUUUCCGGAACAGGAUCCGUACAAUCAAUCUCGUGAGAAGCGGAUCACAAUUCCAUUGCACGCUUGGAAACCCUCACAAUGCACACACACACACACACACACACACACACACACACAUAUACACUCACUUUCACUAUCAGUUUCCCUCUAUCUCUCUCAUGGAUUGACAUACACUAGAGGCGCUAGGAAAGCUUCACGGUUGCACCACUGGCUGGGCCUUUGUUUUGUUCUUGGGUUCUCCGGGGGCCCAGCCAAGCAUGACCUGCAUGCCCGUUGCACUCCUCCCAACUGGGGGUUCAGGUUCAGCCUCUUAUGCGAUGAGCAAGUGGCAACGGAGGAGCCUCACACAUCUCGCUCUCAACCUAGUCCGGGCUUGGCACCGUGGAUGGAUGGUCUCUAGACUCGCAUACGGACGGAUACCCCCUACAAUUCGUUCAU